ACUCAUGUUUUUCAGCAGCACUUUCCCCUGUGAUGCCUGUGCUUAAUGCUUUCUUUUCACUCUGCUUUUAGGCAGUUAAAAAUAUAUUCAGGUGGUCCAGCUUUAGAGGUGCAGCAAAACCUAAUGCAGCAUAACCAGUACUGCUGAUCCAGAUAGCGUUUUUUGGCUUAAGCAGUCAUCUCAGACAUUUCUCAUGAUGACAUAACAUCUUGUUCCAGAGUCUCUGUGUUAGCACUUUUGAUAAAGCACAUCUCUCCGAAGGUGUCAGUAAAGCUUUAAGUUUUGUUUUUAAAUAUUUAAUGAGUGCCUAAAACAGAAACAGCCUCUGCUCAUUUGUCAUUCACACACUCUAUUACUCAUACAACAGUAGGUCACUGGAUAACUUAUUCAGGUCUCAAACUGUUUGAGCUUUGCAGCUAAAUGAUUAAUCUACUCACUAACUGUGUUUCAAAUAUAGCUGACAUUGUAAGUAAUUAUAAAGGUUCUGUCUCUUUAUGAAACAGUGAAGUUGCCCCAAGCAAUUGUCUGUCUUUUUUUAAUCAUUUAGCAAACCAAAAGAAAAUGGUCUGAUCUUGGAUCAUGGUUCAGGGCAGCCGACACCAGCUAAAACUCUGAAGGAUGCUAGUCUUGAGUUUCAUUUAGAGAGCAAACUAACUGGUCAACAGUGUCGGAGAUAGCGCUUUUGUUAACGCUACCUUUUAACUAUCCUGUCUGACCCAGCUGGUCCUAAGCAGUGCUGAUCAAAAGCAUGACUACUGUUAUGUCCGUCAGAUCAUCAUUAACCAAAUAAACGUGCUUCAAAAUGUCUAUAAAUGACCAACUUCAAAAGUUACUCCUUCAGUUUAUAACUCAUCCAAUUUACUGAUUGACAGAAGUUGAAUCUUGAAUGAUCAGCUCUCUUGUUGCUCAUUGGCUGUCUCGUUUUUAUUGCAGGAAGUUCCCUCUGAGGCAGGGAGUGUCUGCAUAUAAAAUGGUCUGCAGUUCACUGCUCCAUAGAUGCCACCUCUUCCACCUCCAGCCCCUCUGCUUCUUCCUCCCUGGCAAUGGGAGUCCCAUCCACUGGCUCCUCUACCUCGUCCUCAGACCAUCUCAAAGUUCCCCAGCAUCUCCACUCCACAGGAGGGGAUGGAGCUGGAGCUUCAGAGAUUCAAGGUAUGGAGGGUGCCGUAUCUGCCCCCAGCAGAGGCAACAGUGGAGCAAACACAGCAACAGGAGAGGUAGGGUCAGGAGUGAUGUCAGGGCUAGGAGUCCAGCAGCCUCAGAACACACCAUCGAAAUGGAGGCCUGUGUUGAGCAUAUCCCCGCCCCCUGAGGACCUAUUUGACGACAGCCAGAUGUCUUGCCAAGAGGAGCCUGCCGCAUCUGGUCCAACAGGUCCAGACUCGGAGCAUAGCAGCAGCAUGUGGGCUGAUGACUCCGUCUCCAACUUCAGCUUGAUCAGCUCCACGUCCUACAACGACAACACAGAGGUGCCACGCAAGUCUAGAAAGCGCACCCCUCGCCAGCGACCUGGGCCAAAGCCAGCUCCUCCAGAGGACAGCAUGGAUGUGUUUGACGCUGACAGUGCCAAGGCCCCUCACUUUGUCCUAUCACAGCUGGGCACAGACAAAACCAGUCCCAUAGCCAGCUCUCUUGAGUCAGGAACCGCAGUAAAGGGUGGGUUAUUGUCUACUCAGUUCCCCCAGAGGAGUGAUGGGAAAGAGCUUAAGAUCCUGGUGCAGCCAGAGACCCAGCACAGAGCUCGCUAUCUGACGGAGGGCAGCAGAGGUUCUGUCAAAGACCGCACACAGCAAGGAUUCCCCACUGUCAAGUUGGAAGGCGUGAAUGAACCAGUUGUGCUGCAGGUAUUUGUAGCGAAUGAUGCAGGCAGAGUGAAGCCUCACGGUUUCUACCAGGCAUGCAGAGUGACAGGACGCAACACCACUGCCUGCAAGGAGGUGGACAUUGAGGGCACCACUGUUAUUGAGAUCCCUCUGGAGCCCAGCAAUGACAUGACACUCGCGGUGGACCGUGUAGGAAUCUUGAAGCUGCGUAAUGCAGAUGUGGAGGCCCGUAUUGGUGUGGCAGGGUCCAAGAAGAAAAGCACGCGUGCCAGGCUGGCCUUCAGAGUUAACAUCCCCCAACCUGAUGGAUCAGCCCUUACUCUACAGGUCGCCUCUUCACCCAUCCUCUGCACCCAGCCAGCAGGAGUGCCAGAGAUCCUGAAGAAGAGCCUUCACAGCGGCUCGGUGAAAGGAGGAGAGGAAGUGUUUAUCAUCGGAAAGAACUUCCUCAAAGGAACCAAAGUUAUUUUUCAGGAGAAUAUUGCAGAUGAUAAUUCCUGGCAAGCAGAGGCAAAGAUUGACAUGGACCUUUUCCAUCAGAACCAUUUGAUAGUGACAGUCCCUCCUUUCCACAAUCAGUCAGUCACUUCCCCCGUUUCUGUGGGAAUCUUUGUGAUGACCAAUGCUGGUAAAUCACAUGAUGCCCAGCCCUUCACCUACACUCCAGACUCAGCUGAUAACUCAAAUGUCCGAACAGUAAAAACAGAGGGAGCCUCCCUGGUCAAGACAUGUCUAUUUGAUGGCCAGAUCAAAUCUAUAUCAUCUGAGCAAACUGACAGUUCUGCUCCACCUUCCAAACGGCAAGAGGACACACCAAUGGAGGUGUCUAGCAAUCCACCACCCACAGAUGUCUUUAAGCCAUCCCCUGAUCCUCUUGUUGCGGUGCAGCAGACACUGGAGCUCAGCUCUAGUCCUCACCCAGGUGGAGAGUCCUUUCAGAGCCCACUGCCCCUGCAACCUGAAGAUGUGGAGCUUCCCCAGGCGCCCUCUGUUUUCCCUAGCUUAGAGUCUCUCAGCACCAUUCAAAAACAAGACAUUGCCCCCACAACCUCUUUCCCAGUGCCAGGUGAUACUACAAUCCCCCCAGUGACGCCAGAGGUCCCUCAACAAUUCCUCAGAGACCCUCAGGACAGCAUACCUCCGGAGAGCUCCAAUAAUAGUGGAGGGGUUGUAGUUCUAGCCAUGACCCAGAUGGAAAAGUUACAGGCUGGAGGUAACACCACACUCCAGCAGGUGCUGGAGGCGGCUGUAGCCCAGCAGCAGCUGAACUCUGUGCUGUACAGUCCGACCCCUUCUGCAGACUCCCUUCAGCAGCACGUCCAGGAGAACAUGAAUAGCCUUCGAUUGGGAACCACAGAUAACUCACUAUCGACACAGCAACAGAUACAGAUACAACAGCAACAGCAGUUGCAGCAGCAGCAACAGAUACAACAGCAACAACAGAUACAACAGCAACAACAGAUGCAACAGCAACAACAGAUGCAACAACAACAACAGAUGCAGCAACAGCAACAGAUGCAACAACAACAACAACAACAGAUACAACAACAACAACAACAACAACAUAUACAACAGCAACAACAGAUGCAGCAACAACAACAGAUGCAGCAACAACAACAGAUGCAGCAACAACAACAGAUACAGCAACAGCAGAUACAACAACAGCAACAACAACAAAUACAACAGCAACAACAGCAACAAAUACAGCAACAGUUUCAACAGCAUCAACAACUGCAGCAUCAACAGCAAAUACUUGGUAACCUUCAGCAGCAGCAAGUUCUUGGCAACAUGCAGAUCCAACAACAACUUAUAUUGCAGCCACAAGAACAGCAGCAACUGCAGCAGCAGCAAAUCAUAGAGAAUAUUCAACAGCAACAGUUGCAACAAAAUCAGCAACAGCAAGUCCUGAACAACAUCCAACUUCAGGAUCAGCAACAACAAAAUCAAAUACUUAGCAAUUUACAACAACAUCAGCUGCAACAACAGCAGCAGCAACAGCAGCAGCAAAAUCAAGCGCUGAGCAACUUACAGCAGCAGCAACAAUUGCAAGAGCAGCAGGUGUUGGAGAACUUGCAACAGCAUCUUCAGGCUGAGUUGCUUCAGCCUCAGAUCCACUCCUCCCCCCAGGUACAGCAGCCUGUGUCACUGCUUCAACAGGCUGGAGAGCUGCUCACCAUUCAGACCAGCUUCCCAACCCAACCUCCAUCUCACACAUCUCCCCCACAACAGCUCUUUCAAUCGCCCCGGCCGCUGGCUGAGACCCAGGGCUCCCAGCAGCAGGUCCAGGCUGCCCUGCUCCAGAAUACGCUGACUGUUCUGACUAGUGGCAGUCUCAACUCAGAGCAGCAGCCUGCAGGGUCAACUCUAUACUUGUCCCCAAACCCUCAGCCCCAACAACAGCAACUAGCAUUCAUCUCCUCCAUGGAGACUUCUAACAGCCAACCCCAGUCAGUUGCAAUGUUUCAUAACCCACCCCAAACUCAGCUUUCCCAGAUGCAGCAACAGAGCACUCCCAUGGAGCAGCAGCAGUCUCCACAGCAGAACCAACAACAGCCACCACAGCUUCCAAUGGGCCAGCAGGGCUCCAUGUUCCAAAGCAUCCCAAACCACUCACAGCCUAGCCCUGUCCCACAGAGCCAGCUUUCCCAGCCCCAGCAGACAGGCCUCCUCCUUUGCACCACAGAUCUUAACCCCCAGGCUAUCCCCCCAACUAUUCUCUUCAGCACCCAGAACCAAGGCCCUUCCCCUAUGGGGAGCAUUAGCGUUGGAAUCCCUCAGCCAGAGCCAGCAGAGCCCAUGUCCUUCCAAGACCAGAGCUCCUCAGGCAGCAACUCGACAUCCACCGAGAACCAACAGCAGAGCCUGUUCCAGGAACAGCAGCCAAUGCAAGUGGGCCCAAGUUCCAGCAGCGUCCCGAGCAGUCAACCCGUGGAGCUGUUCCUCCCACAGACGUCUCUCUCCACCCUGCAGAACUCUAUUGGCACACAGGAGCUGAACAACCAGGCUCCAGCCCCUGGCACAACCAUCUUUGUGGUGCAGGGGGGUGUGAGUGUGGUAGCCAACCCUGGCCAGCAACCUCCGGAGCAGCUUUUCCAGACAACCGUUGGCGGCAAUGUGGCUCCACAAGGACAGGCCAACCUGUUUGUGUUUGGCAUCCAGAAUGACUCGCCCCAGCUGCUCAAUUCCUCUGGUCCUGCCCUGCCAGCUCAAGGCCAGCCCCAGACCACCAGUCACAUGCAGCCUCUGCUGGACCAGCCCAUGGCCCAAGCUGCCUCCACAAUGCCGGCCACCAUGCACAGCAGCUUACAGAACACCCUUCAGGCACAAAUGCAGUCCAGUUUAGAGAACGCCAUGCAGACCAGCCUGCAGAAUGCAAUGCAGACAAACACACAAACAGCUCUGCAGACCAGUUUGCAGGCAACCAUAGAAACGAGCCUGCCAACUUCAAUGCAGACCAAUCUACAGACACAGCUACAAAGCAGCAUACAGAAUCAAUUGCAGGCAUCGAUAUCUGCAUCGUCCAACAUGGAUAAAAUUGAGGACCUACUGGAGAGCCUACAGAAGCAGUGAUACAUGUUUGGACUAUGUGGGCACUAAGGAGAGCGAGUGAUAUGUAGCCGAGAGUUAAACAUCCUUACACCGACAAACAGAACGAUGGUGUGUGGUGUUUUGUGCCAAUGCCACAAAAAAUUUAAAUAUUUAAGAAUUAAAUGCCCCUUUUACCUAAAACCCAAAUUAUGAGCUCAUGUUACUCCUUGUUUUUAUGAAAUAUUUAUAAUUAAUUAUAGCCUUCAUACAUCCAUUGUCCUUGAAUCAAAGAAUCCGCCUUUGUUAUUACCCCUCUUGCAGGAUCAGAGAGGCCUGUAAUAACUGCUUUAUCCAUCAGUCUCAGAAAUGCAGUGUUUUGUUGUCAGAGUGUUUUAAUAAUGUGAGCCUAAGAGAUGAUGAUGAUAAAAAACCUGCCAGGUUUGGUGGAAAAACUGGAAAGGGAUGAAGAAUGUCGGCGAUAGGGAAACGGGGGAAUAGUAAUGUGAUAGGGAUGAGUCUGUAAGAGCAGUCAGAGUAGUUUGAACAGCAAACCAUGGAGGGAAUUAUCAGAUUGCACAUGAGUGUCCAACAUAGACUGAAUGGCUGAAUCUCAUUUUCUGAGUGUGUAAACUCCAAGCCUUCACUUUACUACAAUCUGAGAGGCUAUGAGAUGUGUUUUAGGACAGGUACAAAUUUGGGGAGAUUAACACUUAAUUUAAACAAUCGACAUGGAUAAUAUAAGAUUUUUUUAAUUAAUUGAACCUUGUGUCUGCACAUUUGACUAAAAUCUACUCUAAGAGUAAAGACCAUUAAAUUUAGUACAUUUGUAGAAUGUUUGGCCUCCAUCAUAUUUGCUGGCAUGGCUGCAGUAUGCAUCUCAGCAGACUUGUAUCAGGAGGGGGAGGGUUUAAAUAUUAAUCAACAUGUAAAAAUUGAACUUUUGCCCAAAUUAGUAUAAAUAUAUUGUGGUAUUGCAGGGGAUUAGCCCAUGUGCGGAAGUAGGAGGGACUAUUAAACACUUGCAAAUGAGAUUCACUCACCCUGGUGAAUAAUGUGACUUGGCCUUUUGUUUUGGCACCUCCCAGUCUUUUCAUAGGUUAAGGCCUCAUUACUGGGUUUGCAGAAGCUUUCUUGGUGAAAUUUUAAGAAGCAUUCAAAUAUGUAGUGUGUAAUUUUUUUGUAGUUUUUUUUUUUUUUUUUUUUUUUUUUUAAGAAGUUGGUAACCGUUACCAAUUCAAUGUGGAUAGAAAAAAACUUUCCACUUGUGAAAAUGGAGUGUUGUGUGGUUUUAUAAACAUUUUAUCUCAAGCACUUUAUAACCUCUAGCUAAUCCUUAUAUCCGUCCACAGCUCUCUACUGACCCAGCUGAAUUUGUACUCGAAAGCGUCCAGUUAAAAAACAAGAAAAAAAAAGAGAGAAAAAAACACAGCAGUUGUCUUUGUAAAGGUAAAUACAUCUUAACCAAGCAUUUUUACAUUUUCUCAUGUCUGAAUAUUUUUGAGGUCUAUGACAACUUUGUAUAGAAUGUCUUCUCACUGUUGAAUUCCUCUUUGUAUUCAGUCUCAGUGGUCCAGUCAAGUCUGUCUAAACAAACAGCCAUUCCCACAAAAGCAUUGUCAUUUUUCAGUGUUGGAGUGGUAAGUAGGCCUUUGUGUUUUACACACUGACAAAACACCCAAAAUACUGAUUCAUUUAGUUUGUGCAUUGAAAUGAAGGAGUUUUCAUCGUACUGCUAUUUGUACUAUUUACUGUUCAAUCUGUCACUUGAGACUGUUUAACCUUGUGUUGUGUUAGAUAUUUAAGUUUUUGUCUCAGUGUUGGUACCGUGUGCAGGCCGGCGCCAUGUGAAGUUGGCUUCCAGUACCCGUCCCUUGUGUUGUGAACAGGGGCUCACUGGUAAAUGAAAUCUCUGUUACAUAGAGGCCGCCAUUUUGAUUCUAUCUAUGGUGCUAUGUGCAGGAGUGAUGGGCACUUCUGAUGUGAUGUUAGUACAUAACAGUUUAUACUUAUAUCAAUUAUAGCACUGACAUUAAUUGUUAGUUUUGAAGCAGAGUUGAGUCUAGAGAGCUGGCUGUUGUUGUGGGGUCAGACUGGAGUGCACCCAGGCAUACCAAAGCUCCUGUUGUCAAUUGUCGUCAUUUUGUCUCAUACUUGUCCUUGCAAACGCCCUCCAUAAUGUUUACUCAUUUGUACUUACUCAUUUAAAUUAUGCAGCUCUUCAGCAUGUUGUUUUAAGUACAAGAUUUAUAAAAGAUAUGUAAAGGUACUUUGUUUCAUGGAUCAGUUAACCUCUCAUUAACAUUUCCACCAAUUUGAUACAUUAUUCUAUUUUUUGAUGCAAAAUAACACUGCUGUACUUUCCAUAUCUACAAAAGUAGCCAAUUUGGCAUUAUCAAAACGCCAAUUUUUGAAAAUAAUUCAAAUGAUAGAAUAGUACUGCUCACAUAUGCAUUUGUUUACAUUUUCAUAGUCAUACUAUUUUGUCCUGCAGCUGUUAGUGAUCCAUUUUAAAGUAACUUAUCUUUUUUAGAAUUUUGUAUCCAUGUAUCAAAAUGUAGAGUAUUUUUGUAAAACUAAAACUCUUUGGUUUAUGCUCAUAGCACAGAAUAUCAUUGCUGGUGUGUUUUUCCUGAAAUGAAGCGCAGGUUUAUUUGGAAGUGUGUGACUGAAAUUAGAAUUGUAAUUAAGUGGACAUCAAGCAAAUAUGUUGGAACUUAAUUCUACUGUUUUAACAUUGACUUUACCCAACCUGUAUAACAUAAUACAUGGGCUAGGUUUUUCUUGUGUGUGUGUGUGUUUGUGUGAGUGUGUGUGUAUGUUUUUUUUUUUUGUCAUGCAUCUCAAAUGGCACUUUGACUCAUCCAUUAACUGUAGAUCAGGUUAGAGCGCAGUAGUGAUGUUUCCAAGCAUUCCAUUCCUCUUGGGGAGUUUAAGAGCACAUGAUGUUGCGGACAAAUAGCGGAACAGUAAUGCCUCUUAAAGCCAUACCAACACAGAAAGCCAACCUGUGACUUCAGUUUCAUGAAUGUAAAUUUUACCUCAUGGUGUGGACAUAGAGCUUGCUCUACAUCUAACAUCGGACCAAUUACAGUUUUAGAGAACAUAUAUUUUGAGGCAGAGAGGGUGGGUGGGGUGGCACCAACUGUCAUUUGUAUCACUGUACAUUUGUCAGAUUGUUUUGUCUUGGAUUGUGGUGUAUUUUCAUGUUUUUCACGUCCAGUCGUUUCAUUUUGAGCAAUCCAGGAUGCUCCGUCUGACUCUAUGAAUAGCCACUUCCACCUGAAAAAACCUUGUGAAACAUUAGUUUAAUGGUGGUGAAGAUAGCACACAAAUCUUUACAAAAUAUCAGUUUUGUCCUUCAGUCAUGUAAAUGAAUAUCCAUGUAUAUUUAAAUGUGAAAUAUACUGCAGGGGUAUCUUGAAUUUCAAUUGUGAUGCUUUCAACAGAACUUUGUGUGCCUUGAUAACUUAACUGUUACUCUGCUGUGUUUACUGGUGUCCCUUUUGUGUCAUUGCUAUUUGGCUCCUUGUCCUUUUUAUUCUCUAGGACUGUUGAACAUCAGGACACUUUUCAGUGAUUGAUUUUUUAUUUCUAAACACAAGCAUAACCAUAGCCCAUACAGAUAUAUUUUAGUUUUAACAUUUUCUUUUCAGAGAUCCAUUGCAGGAUAUCAGAGUGAGUACUCUCAACAUAAUAUUGUGCAGCUUCACCAGUGAAUUGUCAACUUGUUUGUUACUUUCUGUUGAAAAGGUUUUUCAUGCCUCAUGAGAUUUGUACAUGUGAGGUAAAAGGGACGAGACAGUGGAGAUUGUUUUAUGGAGAGCUUUCUUGUGUUGAUGUGCUUGUCAACAUUACUAUUGUUGCUGUGAAAUGCUUGAUCAAAAGGAGCAACCAUGAUAAAUUAACUGUUAAUUGCCAAUAGUGUGAGCUGUAUCUUGUGUGUAAUCAGUUUGCUCACUUUUCCUAGUUCGCUUUCUAUUUCACAUUCUCCAACAGUUCUGUUGUAUCCGUUCUGUGUAGCUUGAGCUUUAGUAUCUAGCCUUAAGACCCUGCAGUCAGGAUAAAGGUCAACCCCAGUGUGUUAUCAUACAUCUGAACUAUUAUUAACAUGUACUUUGCCUUGGUCUGGACAUUUGUAUACUCUUCUGUUUAUAUCUGUAAUCCUGCUGCUACAUUAAAUGAAUUAAUAAAA